AUGGACCCCUUCGCGGACACGCUGCGACGGCUGCGGGAAACCUUCCGGUCUGGACGGACUCGAGCUGCCGAGUUCCGAGCCGCACAGCUCGAGGGCCUGGGCCGCUUCCUGCGGGACAACAAACAGCUUCUACAGGACGCGCUGGCCCAAGACCUGCACAAGUCGGCCUUUGAGUCGGAGCUGUCUGAGAUCCGAAUCAGUCAGGACGAGAUUAAGCUGGCUCUCAGGAACCUUCGGGCCUGGAUGAAGGAUGAGAAAGUGCCCAAAAACCUGGCCACCCAGCUGGAUUCGGCCUUCAUCCGUAAGGAGCCCUUCGGCCUGGUCCUCAUCAUCGCCCCUUGGAACUACCCCGUGAACCUGACGCUGGUGCCCCUGGUGGGUGCCCUGGCCGCAGGGAAUUGUGUGGUGCUGAAGCCCUCAGAGGUUAGCAAGAGUGUUGAAAAGGUCCUGGCUGAGGUGUUGCCCCAAUACCUGGACCAGAGCUGCUUCUCCGUGGUACUGGGCGGACCCGAGGAUAUGGGGAAGGUGCUGGAGAACAAGUUUGACUACAUCUUCUUCACAGGGAGCCCUCGCGUGGGCAAGAUUGUCAUGACCGCCGCGGCCAAGCACCUGACUCCCAUCACGCUGGAGCUGGGGGGCAAGAACCCUUGCUAUGUGGACGACAACUGCGACCCUCAGACCGUGGCCAACCGCGUGGUCUGGUUCCGAUACUUCAACGCCGGUCAGACCUGUGUGGCCCCUGACUACGUCCUGUGCAGCCGCGAGACGCAGGAGCGACUACUGCCCGCUAUUCAGAGCGCCAUUACCCGCUUCUAUGGGGAUGACCCCAAAGGCUCCCCCAGCCUGGGCCGCAUCAUUGGGGAGAAGCAAUUCCACCGGCUGCAGGGCCUGCUGAGCUGUGGGCGCGUGGCCAUCGGUGGCCAGAGCGACGAGAGUGAGCGAUAUAUCGCCCCCACAGUGCUGGUGGACGUACAGGAGACAGAGCCAGUGAUGCAGGAGGAAAUCUUCGGGCCCAUCCUGCCCAUCGUGACCGUGAGGGGCCUGGACGAGGCUGUGGACUUCAUCACCCGGCGCGAGAAGCCCCUGGCACUUUAUGCCUUCUCCAACAGCAGCCAGGUGGUAAAACAGGUGCUGGCGGGGACUAGCAGUGGUGGCUUCUGUGGGAACGACGGCUUUAUGCACAUGGCGCUCUCUAGCCUGCCCUUUGGAGGAGUGGGUGCCAGUGGGAUGGGCAGGUACCACGGCAAGUUCUCCUUUGACACCUUCUCCCACCACCGCGCCUGCCUGCUGCGCCCACCUGGCCUGGAGAAAAUCUACUCCCUUCGAUACCCUCCCUACUCACCCCGCAACCUGAGAUUACUGCUGAUGGCUAUGGAGACCCGGAGCUGCAGCUGCACCCUGCUCUGA